UUAACAUCCCCUUCCAAUCUCAAGAACUUUCUCACAUUGUUAACUAGAAAACCUGGAAACAUCCAGCCAGGCAUCAACCAAAGAUCCAUCCUAUUAAUUCUACCCCCACCACCACCUCCUCCAGCACAACCAAGGCUUCAAAAAUUCAUCAAUCAAAGUCCUAGAAGAAGAAAAAAAAAAUGGGUAUGGUGGUGGUGAUCUCCCUUCCAUUUAUCUUGUUCUCAAUUUUACUGGGAUUUGGAUGUUAUUUCCUGGGAAGAGCUAAAGGGAGGCAAGAUUUAAGGAACAAUGCUCAGGUCUUCGGGGUCCCUGCUCCGCCACCUGGUUCUGGGACCGGUACUGCAGCAUCUGGCGCAAAUGCUGCAAAUUCUUCUUAUUUUUCUCCUCAGAGUACUCCUCCUCAUCAACCAUUUUCUUCAAAAUCGGAUAAAUUGAGCGAUAUGGUCUGAGGAAGGUUGAUUUGAAGAUGGAAUUGGGGAUUCUCCUGGCUUGUGUUGGGCUUUGAAGUCUACAGAACUUUGCUAUAGUUUUUUCUUGAUUGCUUGUAUAUUACUUGUACAAUGUGAUUUAAGUGUUUAUUUGGACUUGAGCUCUCAUUCUUUGAUACUUAAUCAUAUAAGGAUUGGCAUGAAGAGAUUGAUUAAUUUGUACGACUUGUAUUAUGAAUUAAUCAAUAAAAUUGAUAUGCACUAUCCA